AUGUCAACGUCAGAAAAAUACGAAUUUACGCCUAUUGAAAAAGCUCUUGAGGAUUUCAAGAAGGGGGAGUUUGUCGUUGUUAUGGAUAACGAAGACCGUGAAAAUGAAGGUGACCUUAUCGCUGCAGCUCAGUUUAUGACACAAGAAAAAAUGGCUUUCCUUGUGAGACAUUCUUCAGGUUAUGUGUGUCUUCCAAUUUCGGAAGAAAAAGCAGAUAAGCUCGAUUUGCCUUUAAUGACCACCCACAGUACGGACAGACACGGAACAGCUUACACAAUCACGACGGAUGCAAAGGAAAACACAACAACUGGAAUUUCGGCCCACGAUAGAGCACUCACUGCGCUUAAAAUUGCGGAUCCUAAUGCUAAACCAUCUGAAUUCCUACGUCCUGGACAUUGCCUUCCUCUUAGAGCACGCAAUGGAUUACUUAGAGCCAGACAAGGUCAUACUGAGGCUAGUGUGCAACUCUGCCAAUUGACUGGUCUUGAGCCUGCUGCCACAAUUUGUGAGCUUGUAAGAGAUGAAGACGGUUUGAUGAUGAGGCUUCCUGAUACUUAUGCUUUCUGUAAGAAGUAUAAUGUUAACCUGAUCACCAUAGGACAGAUUCUUAAGUAUAUGGAUGAUCAUAAUCUAUGA